AUGACAGGCGCAACCGCAACUAUGGUGGUCAAAGCUACCCCUGCUGAUCGUGCACUAUUCGCAACGACGGCGCGACUUAUAUCGUGUCUUGUAACCGAAUCGGUCGUCCGUGCUUUGUAUUACACUCUGGAUGGGUUCGAAGCCAGUGGUGUCGCGGUUGUUCUGUGUAACGCAAUGUCUACGAUCGACGUGAACUACGGAUCCAACGACAUCCUUUGUGUCAUUCCGCUUCAGCACGUCCCAGUCUUCAAACACGAUGGCGCCGAUCCUAGGGCCCCCGAGAUCGGAUUGCUCGAUCCCCUAGACAUGCUGCCACUGGUAUUCGAGCCAAUCGAGGCCACCGAGGCUUCGAAUGCAGCGGAGCACACUGAUUUAUGUGCCGCCAUUAUUAAAGCCUUACCUUCCCCUGGUUGGGCUCUUCCAAAAUCUUUCAAACUCGUAGAAUUCAAAGGACCUCUGUCGAUCUGGCAUCGAUACGCUGCAAACGCCCGAAUUGCAACCGAUCUCUCUGAAAGCAUAGCAGAGGAGUUCGAAAGUGCAGUGAAAUGGCAGACGUAUUCGUACGAACAUCCCCCGGCUGCUGCUCUGUUCUCCUCCCCGAGUAUUGACUGGGAGCAGUCCAUCGUAGAAGGACACCCUACGCAUCCCAUGCAUAAAACGCGCCGCUUCUUGCCCCCGAUAACCGAUUUCCAGCCUGGUGAAUACGACUUGUAUCACCCGAAGUUGCGAUUUGUGGCCUUGCCAAAAGACGACCUCAAAAUCACCCACGACUUUGAGGGCCUAACGGCACCCGUCCGUGAGGCAGCGUCUGCGAAUGCAAACAAACCGUUGGUUGUCCCUGAAGGGUUCCUCGCCAUUCCAGUCCACGAGUUACAGGUCGCGCACAUUCAAGACAAGUUCAAAGAUGCGGUGAUCUAUCCCCCUGAGUUUUACGUGUCUGCCCUCGCCCAACAAAGUAUUCGGUCGGUCAUCGUUCCUGAGGCGUACAAGGAGUUGUCGCUGAAGCUUGGAGUGGGCAUCAAGCUUACUUCGGCUGUGCGGACGAUUUCGCCGGCUUCAGCAUAUCUUGGCCCCCGUUUCUCAGAGCAAGUCGUACCAGCGCUGACUAUGGAUUGGAACAUUGUCACUGUCGCCAAAGAGCUGGCUAGCGUUGUUCAUGCCCAUCCAGAUGGAGAAAUAGCCAAACACUGCUCUGCCAUCGUUCGGCAAUGCUACGAGAACACCAGCGAAGAGCGAAACGAACGACUCAUUGUUUGCACCUCCCUGGUGGAGAGCGGCCAUGCAGGAUCUGAUGGAGAUGUUCCCGCUGUAAUCCGCAUCUUCGACUUAGACACCGAAGACAAGAGAGCCGACUGGUUGGACAAAUUUGUCAAACUUUUCUUCGAGGCUUUCCUUCCUUCUGUCAUUCAUGACGGCGUAGCGUUUGAAUGCCAUCCCCAGAACUGUGUGGCUAGGUUUGAUUUGGACACCAAAGAACUGCGCGGGUUCAUCAUUCGUGACUUCGGCGGCCUUCGUAUUCAUCCAGAGACCCUCAAGGCAUCUACUGGCGUCGACGUGGAUUUCGUGGAGGGGCACUCGAUCAUCGCAGAGGACCUCGACGACGUCUAUACUCGGAUGUACCACACUGUCAUCCACAACCACCUCCAGCAGCUCAUCCGCGUGCUUGGUCUCCACUACAACGGCCGUGGUUGGCGGAUUGUACGGAAACACCUGCAUGCGAUCAUCCCGCAUGAUCAUGGUCUUUACGUAUCCUGGCUUUCACCAGAGAACAAAACGUUCCCCGGCAAGUGCUUCAUGAGAAUGCGGAUGCAGGGGAUGUAUCGAUUCCACUUACAUGGGCCCUUCCCUAAUCUAAUUCACUACCGAGGGGUCUCCAUGGAGGACGAUCCAAUAGAUGCUUAA